AUGCCAUACAACGAGUCGCUCACCGACUACAAUCUCAACAUCAAACAAGGCACAACAAACGUGCUUGAAUACGAUUCAACCCGCCCAAACACCACCUACACGCCUUCUCCCGCCAACUGGCGAGAAUAUCCCAUUUACACCAUUUUGCUCGACAAAUUUGCCGAUGGAGAGCCCAGCAACAACGACUACUUCAAAACAAUGUUCGAAAAUGACUGGCGCGAAGUCAAUCUCCGCUUUGGUGGCGAUGUCCGCGGUCUCAUGCGAAAACUCGAUUAUCUCCAAGGCAUGGGCAUCGGUUGCAUUUUCAUUGCUGGUACUCCUUUCCUCAACAUGCCAUGGCAGGCUGACAGUAAGUUACUCCCCAUUGAUUUUUCUACACUUGAUCCUCACUGGGGCACAAUCGACGACUGGCGUGCUCUUACCGAUGCAAUUCACGCGCGCGGCAUGUAUCUCAUGCUUGACUUUACAGUCGGAACCAUGGGUGACAUGAUUGGAUUUGCUGGCCACUUGAACACUUCUACACCUUUCUCCAUCGACGAGUACGACGGCGUAUGGAAGCGUCCUCGCUACGCGCCUUGGGGAAUGAUGAGUAUCCAGACUUCAAAAUUAGCAACGAGCACAACGAUACCUGCAAACUGCCUACCAUGUGGAACGACGGCGUACGGAGACAUGGAAGCGUUCGGUGUCCACCCCGACUGGAAUCGUCAGUUGUCCAAGUUUGCUUCCGUACAAGAUCGUCUCCGUGAAUGGAACGCCAAUGUUCGCGCCAAGAUUCAAGUGUUCUCAUGUCUCACCAUCAAGGCUUUGGACAUUGAUGCCAUUCGUAUCGACAAGGCCACACAGGUCACUGUGGAUGCUCUGGCUGACUGGUCAGCUCAUACUCGCCAGUGCGCCAAGGAGAUCGGCAAGACCAACUUUUUCAUCGUCGGUGAAGUUACUGGUGGUGACACUUUUGGUGCUCUUUACCUCGGUCGAGGCCGUACACCUACCCAGCGUCCUACCACAUUCGAGCUCGGUGCGAACCUGACCAAUGCGCAAAACCAGUACUUUUUGCGAGAACAAACCCGACACUCGCUCGACUCGGUCGCUUUCCACUACUCAGUGUAUCGUGCGUUGUCUCGUAUUCUUGGAAUGGAUGGUAACCUUCAAGUCGCCUACGAUACUACACCCAACUUUUUCGAUGUCUGGACGACCAUGGGCAAAACGAAUGACUUCCUGAACGCCGAGACUGGAGAAUUUGAUCCCCGCCACAUGUUUGGUAUUUCGAACUUUGACGUUUUCCGCUGGCCGAGUCUGGUGAACGGUACUCAAAAGCAAAUGCUCGGGACAUUUAUUAAUUCGUUGCUGAUGCCUGGUAUUCCUCUGCUCUACUAUGGCGAAGAACAAGACUUUUAUCUGUUUGACAACGGAGCGUCCAACUAUCUCUUUGGUCGUCAACCCAUGACCAGCAGUCAGGCAUGGCAGAGACAUGGAUGCUACAGGCUCGGAUCGGAACAAUACUUCAACAUGCGCCUCGAAAAGGCUCUCCUUGGUUGCGAAGAUGACUGGAAUUCACUUGAUCACUUUGACCCUUCAGCCGGUUCUCGUCGUAUGAUGGCUCACUUCCAUUACCUCCGCAAGCAAUACCCAGUAUUGACAGAUGGCUUCCGUCUCUUGCAAAACGGUAAUUGGACGUCGUAUAUUCAACUUCCUGGUUCGAACAGAACGCAGACCGAAAUCGGCUGGUGGUCCGUCUCCCGUUCCCCUCUUCCUGGACUACAGGCCAACUUCAACUCCACCGUGAACGAUGUCUGGAUGGUCUUUACCAAUAUGAAUGUGACCCAGACCUACUCGUACGAUUGUAACAGCGCGCUCUGGGUAUCUACUCCUUGGGUUGGGGGCACCAGGAUUCGUAACUUGUUCUAUCCAUUCGAAACAUACGAGCUCGAGAAUUCACAAUCUUCUUUCAAUGGCAAUGGCGCUGCUCCAUGGGUCGGAUGUCUUCCUACCAUUACUCUUCAGCCCUAUUCGUUCAAGGCGUUUGUGCCGGUUGCCAACUGGGUUCAGCCGCCUCCGAUGCUCACUCGCUUCUCGCCUGGCCACGAUACACGUCUGCACGCCGAGUCUGGGGAUGCCAACGCCACCACUAUCAACAUUGUUCUCGAAUUCAACACCGAGAUGACUUGCACAUCAGUUACCAAUGGUAUAUCCUUCAACAUGUCGUCUACCGUUCGCGGAACCCCUACUCUCAACGCCGGUUCGGUCCAGUGCGGAGCCGUUACGAAUCCAAUCCAGCCUACGCUCCCUGGUGAUACUCCUUCAGCAUGGUCUUGGUCCGCGACCCUUACCAACGUGCCGGAUGGCAUUCUCGACAUUAGGGUCAACAAUGUCGCCGCUGCGGAUGGUCGUACCACAGGCACUUCGGAUCACUUCCUUCUUCGCAAAGGAUCGUCUAAGAACGUUAUGGUGUUCCCAGACGCUGAUUACGAUAACGAUGCUUUUGGGUAUGCCGAUGGCUCGUACUCGUUUACUCAUAGCGCCCUUGGAGCGGACAUGUUCCGUUACACCUGGAACUAUGGCAAGAACUGGUCGACUUGGGCAACUUACGAAGAGAAGACCACUAUUCCUGGAAACCUGUUUGAGCCUACGGAGGACAUGUUUUGGGAAGGCCAACACUUGAUUGUUCAGUAUUGGGCCGAGCUCGCUGGGUCUGCGACCGCCGUUGUGCACGCUGAUCGUGGAUACGCACUCCCUCGCCGCGUUCCUCAGUUCAUCGCUCGUGGUCCGUUCAAUACCUGGGGCUUUGACAAGGGUAUCUCUGCGCAAAUGACCAUGAACGACAAGGGUGUCUGGGAGCUCCCAAUCAUGGCAACCUGGCCUAGCUAUGUACAGCUCAACGUCUUUGGCUACGAUGAUUACUUCUACGGAGACACGAACGGCGACGGUGUUAUGGAUCGCCUUCCUCCUAACGCGGCUUCUCCCAACUAUCUCAACAUGUCCGCACCUCCCAAGCCAUAUCUCUCCUGGGCACUCAUGGUCGACGACAAGACUCAACGUUGGUACCUGGAGCCCCGUGGAAACUCGGCCGUCGGAGCCAUCAUGUACGCGUUGCUGCUCUCUAUCCCGCUGAUCACUGCUAUCAUCGCUGUCGUUAUCUUCCGUCGCAACUUUUACGAGAUCAAGGUCAACAAGUGGGGUACCACUCCCAAGGCUGAUGCUUCGAGCUACUUCCCUAUCCUUGGAGCUUUGGGUAUUAUGAAAGCGAACCAGCACGGCGACGAUAAGGGUAUGCCCGGUACCCCGAUGGGCGAGAAGCCAACGCACGGUACCAAGGUCUAUACUGGUCCUGUCAUUGGUUGGCCCGAGAACCCACAGAAGAGGCGACAAGUCCUGAUUGCAACACUCGAGUACGAAAUUAUUGAUUGGAAGCUAAAAGUCAAGAUUGGUGGUCUCGGUGUCAUGUCUUCUCUCAUGGGUAAAGCCAUGUCCGAUUGCGAUAUCUACUGGGUUGUCCCCAAGGUCAAGGAUCUCGAGUAUCCUGCUGGUGAACCCGCAGAACCGAUUGAAGUUAUUAUCUUUGGUGAACCUUACCUCAUCGAGGUCGAAUACCACGUUUUGGACAAUAUCACCUACAUCAUUCUCGACUCUCCCGUAUUCCGUGCACAAACCAAGGCCGACCCUUACCCCGCUCGCAUGGACGAUUUGUCUUCGGCUAUCUUCUACUCGACUUGGAACCAGGCCAUUGCAGAGACCGUUAGGCGUUUCCCCGUUAUCGAUAUCUACCACAUCAACGAUUAUCACGGCGCGUUGGCCCCAUUGUACUUGCUCCCCAAGGUCCUUCCUGUGUGCUUGUCGCUUCACAACGCCGAAUUCCAGGGUCUAUGGCCUUUACGUACCAAGGAGGAAAUGAAGGAGGUUUGCUCUGCGUUCAACAUCAGCAAGGAAGUCUGCACCAAAUAUGUUCAAUUCGGCAAUACGUUCAAUUUGCUUCACGCCGCAGCUUCGUUCAUCAGUGUGCACCAGAAGAGUACCGGUGUAGCUGGUGUGUCUGACAAAUACGGAAAACGCUCUUGGGCUCGCUACCCCGCUCUGUGGACAUUGAAACACGUCGACUCGCUUCCCAACCCUGAUCCUUCCGAUAUUGCUGCCCUUGACGAAAAGCCAGUUGACAUGAUGAAUGUCGAAAUCGACCAAGACGCCGAAUCCAAACGACCAGAACUCAAGCGCCAGGCUCAAGAAUGGGCCAAUAUCAAGCAAGAUCCUAAAGCUGACUUGUUCGUGUUCGUCGGACGUUGGUCCAAACAGAAAGGUGUCGAUGUUAUUGCGGAUGCUAUGCCCUCGCUACUUGAGAAAAAGCCUUCGAUUCAAUUGAUUGCUGUCGGUCCUGUUAUCGAUCUAUACGGUCGGUUUGCAGCCGAGAAACUUGCUCGUCUCAUGGAAAUGUACCCCGAUCGUGUUUACUCUAAGCCCGAGUUUACUGCACUCCCACCUUUCUUGUUCUCGGGUGCCGACUUUGCUUUGAUUCCCUCUCGUGACGAGCCCUUCGGUUUGGUCGCCGUCGAAUUCGGUCGUAAAGGUGCUCUCGGUGUCGGAUCGCGUCUCGGUGGUCUUGGUCUCAUGCCUGGCUGGUGGUUCCCUGUCGAGUCUACAUCUACCAAUCACAUGUUGUCGCAAUUCGCGAAGACAAUCAAAUUGGCUCUCAAGUCCACAGAAGAAGAACGUGCUGUCCUCCGUGCUCGUUCGGCUAUGCAGCGUUUCCCUGUCGUCGAAUGGCGUCAGCGUAUGGAAGACUUCCACCGUCGUAGUAUCAACACAUCUCGUCGACUGGCUGGCCCUGAAGCUUGGUCUGAAAAGGAUUGCAUUAAGCCUGGCCAGUCGGGUAACCGUGCUAUCCAGGGUAUGGAUACCGAGGAUUGGAACCCGCUCCACAAACCUGAGCCUACACAACCCAACUGGGACGCACAAAGUACUCGUAGCGGCAUUUCCAUGGGCGAUACACUUCAUGCACCUCAUCUCGGACACCAAGCAAACUCGUCUCGAAAUUCUGUCCAGAGUGAAGCAUCUGAUUACGAAGACCAUUCGCGUGCACCGUCUCCUACCGGCAACAGGCCAGAUGAUUUUGGUGGCUUCUUGAACAGGGCGAACAGGGCUAUUGCUCGGGAACAUAAGCAUGUUGCUGAUCCGUUCCUUGACGAGAACGCUGCUCCUCAUCGUCCGUUUGGCACACAUUCACGUGUUGGCUCUGUCGAAUCGAUUUCUUCCAUCAUGGAUGAGAAAGGCGCUUCUUCUCCUCUCAACAAGGCUAUGGCAUCGUUUACGGACGCUGAUGGCGAGGUUGCUCAGGCCUUUGUCGCAAAACUCCAACUACUCACCGCCGAGAAUUCCAAGAGCGAACUGUCGAUUGAGAAGUUCUUGACUAAGAGUGAAGAAGCAUUCUUCGAUAAGGUCAAGCGAGACAAGAUCAACUCUAGCGCUGCAUCUAUCCGGUCUCACCGCGACUCGAGCUGGGGCACCCCUUCGCACUUUGACUCUCGUCCUGCUUCACCUGCAUUCCCUCAAACUCCAGGCACUCCCGGACAAGGAUUUGACACCAAGAACUACAGCGGUCCUUUGCCCAACGAGAAUGACACUCCGAACAUGACCGCACUUCAGAUCAGAAUGCAACACACUAUUUACGGCUGGCCCUUGUACACGAUCAUCAUUGCCCUUGGGCAGAUGCUUGGCGCUACCAGUUUCCAAAUUACACUCCUUUCCGGUCAAGGCUCGCAAACCGAUCUGCAAUUGUAUGUUCUGGGAGGUAUCUUCCUCGCAGCCUCGAUCGUCUGGUGGGCGCUGUUCCGUCUCAAGCCCUCGGUUUACGUGCUUUCCAUCCCUUGGAUAUUCUACUUCCUGGCCUUUUUCAUCAUCGGUAUUCCUGCGUUGUCAGAUUCCCUCGCGCCUUACCGUCAAACAUUCGGUAGCGCCGCCACUUGGGCUUAUGCUGUAGCUUCUGCCGCUGCCUUCUUAUUCUUUGGUCUCAACUUUGGUGAAGAAGCUGGUGCUGCGACCGAAGUCUGGACGAUGCGUGCAUGUAUUGUUCAGGGCUCGCAACAGGUUUGGGUGGCAGCUCUUUGGUACUGGGGUUAUAGGUUGACUGGCGCCGAGCCGAACGUCAGGCCUCCUUGGUGGACAAUCUGCAUUCUCUGGCCUCUGGCAUUUAUGAGCUUGGCCUUCGGUUAUUGUCUCAUGUGGGGCUUGCCUGAAUACUACCGCCAAGUACCUCCAAAGGUGCCCAACUUCGCUAGGACCUUGUUCCGUCGUCACAUUGUUGUCUGGUUCUUGGCCUCCGAAAUCCUGCGCGACUACUGGCUAAGCGGACCUUAUGGCCGUAAUUGGUCAUUCCUAUGGAACUCACCAAUUCCUAAAUGGGCCAUUUUACUCCUCGUCAUCGCGUUCUUCGUCGUGGUUUGGUUCCUCAUGAUGUACAUCUUGACCCGUAUCACCAAGACCCAUACCUGGUUCCUACCCAUCUUCGCUGUCGGUCUCGGUGCUCCUCGUUGGUGCCAAAUGCUCUGGGGUACCUCUUCGCUUGCCUUGUACAUUCCUUGGGCGGGUAGAGCUGGACCUUACUUGGGUACCUCACUCUGGCUCUGGCUCGGUGUACUUGAUGCUAUUCAAGGUGUCGGUCUUGGAAUGAUUCUGCUUCAGACACUCUCCCGUCUCCAUGUUUGUGCUACGCUGGCGCUGGCACAAGUCAUUGGUAGUAUUUGUGUCAUGGUUGCCCGUGCAACCGCACCAAACCGAAUUGGGCCUGGUAGUGUGUUCCCCGACGCCGCCAAAUGGGACUUCUCUGAUGGCCUUUCGGGAAGCCCAAUGGCAUCAGCACCAUUCUGGAUCGCAUUGGUCUCUCAGCUCAUUAUUGUAUUUGGGUAUUUCUGGUUCUACCGAAAGGAGCAAUUGUCUCGCCCAUAA